UGGAAGAUUUUUGACUCAUCUUUCUCACGUGGGAAAGGCAAAGAGAGCACCGCAGCUGAAGCCAGAAGAGGAGUGCAUGAUGACGAGUCCAUCUUAAGAGUCUUCCGCGUAGCUGCCAGCUGUCCGGCGAUGGAUUCCCCUGAUCGCGUACCUCACACAAACCCACACACUUAGAAUGACAUAACUCACACCCAAAAUCCCAAAUAUAGUAUCUAUUUUCUGUUUUCCCCAUCAUUCUUACGCUAUACUCUUAAGUGCCUGUAUGUAGAGAGGGAAAGUAAGAGAGGGUAUGCGGGUGUGGCAAGAAGGGUAAAAGGAAAAUGGAAGAGAGUCUCACAUUCUGGGUCGCCGCUCGGGUAUGCGGGUGUGGCAAGGAGGGUAAAAGGAAAAUGGAAGAGAGUCUCACAUUCUGGGUCGCCGCUCUUUGGGUGUUCCAAUGGCCAAGAAUGGUGUUGUUGAAGGCGAUCCACCCACUGCUACGGCAACGGCGGAGUUGAAAAGAGAGUUACAGAGACUAGUUAAGGCCAUUCUGUCUGAAGAUGACAUCAAUGUCGAUACCAUUGAUAAAACCCAUCAAACCCUUUUCGCCUUAAAGGACUUAAACCUUAAACAACGGCCCUCCUCCUUCAACUCUCAGCUUCCUUUUCCUGAUGAAUUUCGUUGUCCACUUUCCAAAGAACUCAUGAGGGAUCCUGUUAUCCUUGCCACCGGUCAGACUUAUGAUAGACCCUUUAUUCAGAAAUGGUUAAAGGCUGGGAAUAGGACAUGCCCUCGAACACAUCAAGUACUUUCACAUACAAUUCUUACACCUAAUCACUUGAUUCAGGAAAUGAUCUCGCAAUGGUGUAAAAAUAAUGGGAUUCAAUUGCCAGACUCUGUUCAGUAUUUGAAUGAUGAAGGGUUGACUGAAGCUGACCGGGAUUUAUUCUUUUCUUUGCUUGAGAGGAUGUCUUCUACGUUAUCUGAUCAAAAAGUUGCUGCAAGAGAACUGCGUUUGUUAACUAAGAAAAUGCCUUCUUUUCGGGCACUAUUUGGAGAAUCUACUGAUGCAAUUCCUCAACUUCUUCGUCCCCUCUCUCAAAGCAACAGCAAUGUUCAUCCCAAUCUCCAAGAAGACAUAGUCACAACACUUCUAAAUCUUUCCAUCCAUGACAAUAACAAGAAGCUUGUCGCAGAAACUCCACAAGUUAUUCCACUUCUUUUGGAUGCAUUAAGAUCAGGAACAAUUGAAACAAGGAGCAAUGCAGCAGCUGCACUUUUCACACUAUCUGCACUUGAUUCUAAUAAAGAGCUUAUUGGAAAAUCUGGUGCCCUAAAACCACUGGUUGAACUUCUAAAUGAAGGGAACCCUGUCGCGAUGAAGGAUGUUGCUUCAGCUCUUUUUAGUCUGUGCAUUAUCCAGGACAAUAAGGCAAGAGCGGUUAGAGAUGGUGCUGUGAGGGCUAUCCUGAAAAAGAUAAUGAGUAAUGUGCACGUUGAUGAAUUGCUAGCUAUACUAGCGAUGCUAUCAAAUAAUCAAAAGGCAGUUGAAGAGAUGGGAGACCUUGGGGCAGUUCCAUGUUUGCUUAAUAUAAUAAGGGAGAGCUCAUGUGCUCGCAGCAAGGAGAAUUGUAUUGCAGUCCUUUACACAAUCUGUUGCUGUGAUCGAACCAAAUGGAAGACAAUAAGGGACGAGGAGAAAACCUAUGGAACAAUCUCUGAACUUGCUCAAAAUGGUACAGCAAGAGCCAAGAGAAAGGCCAGUAGUAUUCUUGAUAGAUUGAAUAAGGCUGUCAAUCUUACCCAUACUGCAUAAAAGCAGUAGUUUCAAGCACAAAAUCUGUAAAUUCUGGUGUCCAACCUUGGCCUUUUCCUUUCAUGAGAAGUGUUUUGAGGCAUGUUGUGGUUCAUUUGCAACCUUCCAUUUUGUACAUUCUAUCUGAGAUUUACAAUUAAGUCAUUGUGAAUAAUUUAUUAUGAGGGGAGUUUUUGUAUAAAUAAUAUCCAUGCUCUUUUGGUCUCGA